AUGAGUGAGCACACCACGCCCGCCGGCAAGCGAGGGAGCAACUCGAAGCGCGCACGAACGUCGUCAUCCCGCGCCUCGCGCGUGGGCACCGGCACGCCGCACGUCCUCGAGGAGGCGACGGGCGAUUUCAGCGCCGACUACAUCACGGUGGGCGUGCUCGGGCGCGGCUCCUUUGCCGAGGUGAACCUGCUGAGCCACCGCGUCUCUGGCGAGCUCUUCGUGCUCAAGACGUGCUGCAAGCUCGACGCGCCGUCGUACUCCCACCUGCGCGCCGAGGCGACGGCGAUGGCGGCGUUCCGGUCAGCCGACGCGCCGCACCCGCUCCUCGUCUGCCCGCUGGCGUGCUCGAACCCGCCCGGCCGAUCUGCAAACUACUCGCUGCUCAUGCCGCUCUGCCCGGGCGGGGACCUGCUGCAGCUGCUGCGCAGGCAAAACACAGCCAGCAGCGCAGCUAUCGCCUCGCCCAGACUUCGAGACCCUCCCUCUAGCGGACCACUCGCCUUGUCGCACGGAGGGAAGAGCUAG